AAGUAAAUUUAGGCACCAAAGGUAACUUCUUAGUGAACAAUGGCAAGCGAGGAUAAGAACAAAGAUGGAGAGAAAAAGUGUGAAGAAAUUGAAGAAACUAUAGAAUUAAAAGAACUCUCUUUAUCCCAAAUAAAAAUCAAGAAAGUACCACACCUGAAAGAUUACAUACCAUCAUCUCAACUAAAAACAGUAACAAACCCAUUAGCAAGAAACCCUUACUACCACCCUACAGAAGCGUUUUACAUUUCUCCAUCCUACGACAUCCUCCUCAAACAAGUGUUGUACGACUUUUCCGACACCAACCGCAACCCAUCUUACGGCCAUGUCUUGGCCUACCACCGUUCGGGACCUCGAAAACUCGUAUAUUUCGACCCGGGCGAUGUCAAGGCCGCCAUAGUCACCUGUGGCGGCCUUUGCCCGGGCCUCAACACCGUCAUCCGAGAGCUUGUUGUGGGGUUGUCCGACCUAUAUGGUGUUACCAAGAUAUUCGGUAUCCGAUCCGGGUACCGAGGUUUUUACUCUUAUGAUCCUUUGCCUCUUACUUCAAAGAUGGUCCAUAAUUGGCAUAAAAGAGGUGGAACUGCCUUGGAAACCUCUAGAGGAGGGUUUGAUCUUUGUAAAAUUGUUGAUGCAAUACAACAUCAUGAGUUUAAUCAUGUUUAUAUAAUUGGUGGAGAUGGUACUAUGCGUGGUGCGGUUGAGAUAUACAACGAGAUUUGCCACCGCAAACUCAACGUUGCGGUGGCCGGGAUCCCGAAAACAGUUGAUAAUGAUGUUGGGAUCAUCGACCAAUCAUUUGGCUUCCAAACUGCGGUAGAGAUAGCUCAGCAGGCUAUCAACGCCGCGCAUGUGGAGGCGGAGAGUGCCGUUAACGGUAUCGGGUUAGUUAAGCUGAUGGGCCGAAGUACGGGCCACAUAGCGCUGCAUGCAACCUUAAGCAGCCGAGAUGUGGAUUGUUGCUUAAUUCCGGAAAAUGAUUUUUUCCUAGAAGGAAAAGGUGGACUUCUUGAGUUUCUUGAACAAAGGUUGAAAGAGAAUGGACAUGCAGUGGUUGUUGUGGCGGAAGGUGCUGGUCAGGGGUUGAUACCGAGAACGGAGGAGGAGCGGCGCGACGAUUCGGGUAACCCCGUGUUCUUAGAUGUUGGAGUGUGGUUGAAAUCGGAGCUUAAUAGAUGGUGGAAAAGAGAUCAUCCAGGAGAACUUUUUACAGUGAAGUAUAUAGAUCCGACGUAUAUGGUUCGCGCGGUUUCAGCUAAUGCAACUGAUAAUUUGUAUUGUACGUUGUUGGCGCAUUCGGCGAUUCAUGGAGCCAUGGCAGGGUGCACGGGGUUCGUAGCGGGUCGUGUGAAUGGCAAUUAUGUGUAUAUUCCGGUGAAAGAGGUGGCUCAGGCAAAGAAUGUGGUGGAUACAAAAGAUCAUAAGUGGGGUUGGGUUAGGUCUGUUACUAAUCAACCAGAUUUUCAGGGAAGUUAGAAUAAAGGUCCUAUGAUACUGAUACUCAUGUUUGUAAUCUUGUGGUAAGAGUAGCAUAUCGUUUGCAUAUGGUAAAAAACUUUUACUUUCUGAGAAAGUGAGAGUUAUUCUAUAGAUAAUAAAGGUAAAUUUUGUUUUU